AUGGAAUCUCAACCUUCCACAGGGUCAACGCAGCAUACAAAUCAGAAUCCUCGCAAAAGACGUGGUAUUGUGUUCCGCAAGGCAUCUUCAUCUACUGUGCAAGAUCGCUCACCACCUGCUGUUGUUCUGCGAAGUGACGAGAAGCACGAGGAUAUAUCGCAACCGGAAAAUACGAAACACGGAAAUUCCAGACAAUACACCGUAAGCAACAAGCCUGUACGUGAUCUUCGUGCCGAUUUUGAGGUUCAUUCAAAUUAUCAGGGUCACCAAAAAGUUUCCACACCAUCUCCAACAAGUGAUGUGAAUAUAAGAAACCCUUCACGGCAGCUCUUGGGAUCUACGCACCAUAGGAGAGUGUUAGGGGCAGUUGGACCCUUACAUCGCGCUAUACUACAGGCUGACUCCCAUAAUCGCGCCUUAGAGAAGGCGGAGAUGUGGAAGCGCUAUCGCCAGUCAAGAGAAACGGCAACACCCAAGAAACGCAGCAAAGAUACGCCAGACCGCGUAUAG